AGGUGGUGGGGGGCUCGCGCGCGCCUGGGAAAAUGUUGCGCAGAUUCUAAAAUGGAACGUUGUCGGCGGCGUGAUUGAGCGCGAGGGGGUGUGUGAGCGUGAGUAAGACAGGGACCAGCGGCAGCAGCCACCACCGCACCCGCCGCCUUCUUGCAGCCAGUCCCCCCGCAGCGGUACGGGGAGCAGCCGCCUCCUCCUUCCCCCUGCAUGGAGCUCUCUGCUAUCGGGGAGCAGGUUUUUGCGGUGGAGAGUAUCAGGAAGAAGCGCAUAAGGAAGGGUAAAGUAGAAUACCUGGUGAAGUGGAAAGGAUGGCCCCCAAAAUACAGCACAUGGGAGCCGGAGGAUCACAUCUUGGAUCCUCGCCUGGUAGUGGCUUAUGAAGAGAAGGAAGAGAGAGACCGUGCAUCAGGAUACAGGAAGAGAGGGCCUAAACCGAAGCGCCUCUUAUUACAGAGGCUUUACGGUAUGGACCUGAGGAGUGCCCACAAGGGAAAGGAGAAGCUCUGUUUCUCUCUAUCACGGCGAUUUGGAGGAGGAAGCAAUCUGGUGGGGGCCAAGCCAGGACAGACAGAGCUAUCUGAAAAGAGUGGGGGAGGCGUCCUACCAUUCCCACUCCGGAAGCAGCGCAAGAACCAGAAAUAUCUCCGGCUGUCGCGGAAGAAGUUUCCACGCAUGUCAAGCCUGGAGAGCCGUAACCACAGGCGUGAGUUCUUCUUGAAGGAGUCAGUGGCACUAGAAACUAGGCAGACUCCCAAUGACUGGGAUGCGACGCAGCAUGCUAGCAAAGAAGUGUCUGGGUGAAUGGACUCUUUCCGAGGUGAGAGUAGAGACACCUCAGAUAUCUGAGACAGAAGCCAGGAAAUGCCCAGUUAAGGGGUCCACAUUCCAUACCCAGGUGGGACAACAGGGUGCAGUACAGGUAAAGUAAUAGAGAGGGGAUGUUUCCCUCCCCUCUCCAUAUAUUUUUGUGGCUCUCUUUGGGUGCGGGUUUGUUCAAUCUGUUCUUGAGUUUUUUACACUGUGGGGAAGUGGAAGUGGGGGGUAUUUGGGUCCCUCACUUUGAGUGGUAGAGAUUAGGAGCUCCAGGGGAGAGUAGAUGUUUUUAGCUUCCUCUCCUCGGUGGGGAGGAGCAAAGAGGAAGACUCUUGUAACCUUUGGACCCCCAAAGGAGUGGCAUUGAUGGGCUUUGGAGAGAGUCACAUCCAGCCCUUCCCUUGGCUGGAUUUGGAGGUACAAUGGAGGAAAAUCCUCAGUUUGUUAGGGCCCCCUUAGGCCCAGGGAACAUGGGGUAUCGGGGAUGAGCUUGAAAAAAAUGAGUUCUGAUUGUUUGUUUUUUAUUUUGGUUGAUUGGUUGGGGUGGGGGUUGAAUUUACACUACAGUGAACACGUGCACUAACCAGGAGACCUAGUGGGCUGAGAUCCAGUUUCCAGAUGUUUCCCCUAAAGUGGGAUAUUUUGACUCCCAUUUGGAAAGAGGGUGGGGAAUGUAUAAUGAAAAUGCUGGUGGACCUGUAAGCAUGGUGGUGCUGUUGGGGGGCUGUUGUAGUAUCAGCCUGCACAGUUGAUUGUGUGUCUGUCGUUCUUCUUGACGCUCUCCCUUCUGUCCCUCACCUUUCAAUGUCCCGUUAUUAUCUUCCCACCUCUUCCCUCUGCCCCUUACUUUCUGUGUGGGAGGGUUAGACACCUACAGUGCCUUGGAGCAUGUGCAAACUUGGCACAGGUUGAUGUCACCCACCCAUAGCCAGCAAGGGUGCUCCUCUUCUGUUAGCCCUUCAUUCUUUUUCUAACGUGCUCUUAUCCACCUCCCCCUCUGCAGUAGGCAUGGAUGCAGUUGAUGGCAGCCUCCCCUGGAUCCCCACCUUGUCCCCCAGCGAAGUGACAGUGACAGACAUCACGGCGAACUCCAUUACCGUGACCUUCAGAGAAGCACAAGUGGCCGAGGGCUUCUUCCGAGACCGAA